AUGGCAUGCUGCUCAGUUGCUGGGGAAACAGACGUCGGGUUAAGGCCUGUAAUUUUAUUUUUUGUGGCAUCCUUGUCUGAUUUUGGUAUCAGAAUAACACUGGCCUGUGACAAGUUUAUUAAUGUAGAAGUAGUAAACCUUUUUGCAGAAACUAAAAAGGAAAAUAAGUUGACCAUACCUGAUUCAAAUAAUAAAGCAGCUUCAAACAGCUGGCGACAUUACAAGCUGUAUUAUGUAAGAUCAGUGUUUUAUGGUAGUGCAAAGACAAAUGAGCAAGAUGAUUGCAGAAAUGGUUUACUGUGUAAAUUCAAACAGGGCUUGGGAAGACAUAACCCAGAGACUGAUUUAUGUCUUGUAGAUCCAAAGUGUUCUGAUACCUGCAACAUAGAACAUGAUAUGCAGUGCUUAGUGAAGAACAAUGGGAACCCUGAUUGUGUGUGCCUGCUAGCUCCUAGCGAUGAUCAUGGAAUCUGUCAAGUGUGUGCAUUUAGCUGCAGUAGAGUUGACUGUGAAGACCAAUUUCAGCUGAUUCUCAAUAUUGUGGGCACCAUUGUUAUCAUCUUCAUUCUUGGCACAGUAAUUGCAUUGAUUUUAUGAGAUCAAAGUGAAAAAAGGUAUUGAAGAACAGAACUUGAUUGAGAACAACUUACAAAUCUGAGGAUAUAGCACACAAUAGGCUUCAGCUAUCCAGGAACAAAAGGGGACAUGUUUAAAAUCAGAGUGAACACCAAUGAUAAUCAGCUGCAGAAUCCUAUGCAAACAAUUUGGAACCGUCCAUAG